AUGAGGCUACUCGUCAUCCUGUUCGCCGCGGCGGCCCUCGCGGUCGCUACCACCGCGCACGAGCACCAUGGCGAGGCGCCCACCUGCGCCGGAGGCAGCGGGCACGUGCUCGCGGAGUUCCGCCCCGGGGAGGUGACCGUGGACGGGCACAGCGACGACUGGGACAGCGUCGAGGCCUCGGAGUUCGCGCUGCUGCCGGCGCUCGAUCCAGACGAAGAUAAGGCCUACCCAGGCGGCAAGGUCGCCGUAAAGGCUGUGCAUGAUGGUGUCAACGUCUUCUUCUUGCUUCAGGUUGAUGGGGCUUACGCUUACACUAAAGGGGAAAGUAACAAAUGCCCUUCUGUUGCUCUGAUGUUCCAAGUUGGAGAGAAAGCCACAUUUUACAAUAUGGGAGGAUGCAAAGAUGUGCCAAGUUCAUGCACAAGUAAAAGUUGUAGAGGUCAUGAGGUUGACAUUAUGCACUUCUCAAUUGGAAAUGCUAUUCCUGGACGACUUUACGGUGGCAAUCACAUAGAUAAUGCAGCUGGGAAUGGAAACGACAGAUUUGGUCACCUUGUUGAUGUCUAUGCAUGGAAUCCACAUUGCCGAUACCUUGAUGGAGUGGGCCCUAAAGGCUUCGUUGAUGAUGAUAAUCCUUAUGGAAAACAAGAUGAGAAGGGCACAUAUUAUUUUGAGUUUUCAAGACCCUUAAGAACAAGGGAUCAAUUUCAGCAGGACGCACAGUUCACAAUAGGACAUCCCAGCAAUAUGGCCGUAGCCUUUUGGUACCCAACUGAUGGCAAAGCAUGGAGCAACUCCGAUCAUUACUCAGCAAGCUGUAACUGGUUGGUUUUGGAUAUACAACCUUCAUCAGAAGCUGCAUAUUACCGUCCAGCUCCUAAUCGCUCUUGGGAUGCUGCAACUGCCUUUGCUUUACUUCUUUCAGUGGUAGCCAUUUGCAUCUCCAUCUUUCUGGGCUACCGGUUUUCUAGGAACAGGAGCACUGCCCAGUUUACACCACUUGAACAGAUCCAGUUUGCUGAAGAACGCCAUUGA